AUGGCGUUACGGCAUCUAAUCUUCGGGGCCGCCUGGGCUGCCGGAUCUGCGGUGGCAGCCUCAGUGUCAUGUCCAACAAACUUGCCACUGAGUUGCCAGAAUACCACCGCUGUCUCCAAUACUUGCUGCUUCAAUUAUCCGGGUGGCCAACUUCUUCUCACACAAUUUUGGGACACCAAUCCAUCAACGGGUCCCAAUAACUCAUGGACUGUCCACGGCCUUUGGCCUGAUAACUGUGAUGGAACUUUUUCCCAAUACUGCGAUACCUCAAGGGAGUAUACCAAUAUAACAGCAAUUUUGGCAAAGGCAGCCCCUUCUACGCUUGCGUUUAUGCAAACAUAUUGGAAGGACUACCAAGGCAAUGACGAGAGCUUUUGGGAGCAUGAAUUUGGCAAGCACGCUACAUGCAUCAGCACACUUGAUCCUGAGUGUUAUACCAACUAUCAGCCCACCCAAGAAGUACCUGAUUUCUUCACGCGAGCUGUGAGCUUGUUCCAAACCCUUCCUUCAUACGAUUGGCUUGCCGCAGCUGGAAUCGUGCCUUCAAAAACCGCCACCUAUACUUUGGCUGCCAUCCAGGCUGCCCUCACAGCUCACCACGGCCACAACGUGAUUAUCAACUGUAACAGCAAUGGCGAGCUUGAUGAGCUAUGGUAUCAAUACAACGUCCGUGGUUCUGUUCAAACCGGCACGUUCACCCCUGUUGACCCUGUUGGCUCUGCUUCCACUUGCCCCAAGACCGGCAUCAAAUAUCUGCCCAAAUCGGGUACCGGCACAACUACAACGACAUCCAAGACAGCUUCUGCCACAUCUACAAGUACAAAAAGCACUGGCGCGGCAUCUACCACUCCUGCAGGAGUCUUGUCAGGCAAGGGAUACCUAUAUGUCGAUACCUCCAGCACGACUAGCGAUGGGUUCCUGAUCAGCAGCGGAGCAUGGUAUCGCGCCGGCGGUACUCCAGCUACCUACACUGCUACCCCAAAUUCUGAUGGCACUACCUUUUCACUUAGCUCAAGCAAAGGAAAGUGUGCUAUUCUGAGCGACUCUUCCUUGAGUUGUGGUGCCUCUGUCUCUACUGCGAGUAGCUUUGCUUACGAUGGUACGCACUUGACUUUCCAGGGAUCCGCCAAAUUUUAUGCAUCAGCCGUUCCAACUGGACAAACUCAGGGCACUAUUUUCACGAGCACUCAAGCUGUUUCUCUGGCGAUUGCGUGGAAUUCUCAAUAA